ACCAUCCCAAUUUCCAUAAUACACCUCCUGCUGUUAAAACCCAAAAAAUCUGACAAAAUCUUAACGCGACUUUGUGAUUUUGCAGAAUUGUGUUUUUAUUAAUUUAUUUAAUUUAUAAGAAUUAGCCGCAGGUAUCCAAACGGAGGGUAUAAUCUUUUUACAGUUGUUCGACAUGAUAUGGUGGAAUUUGAGAGCCAUAUAAGUUGGGAUGCCUUCGAUCAUUUAAUUAGGGAGAUUUAGGCGUGAAAAACGUGAGCUUCUAAGGUGAGGCGAUCGGUGAGGUCAUAGGCAGAUGAAUGUGACAUUAAAUCCAUAUCCAUGGAUUCUUCAAGUCGCCCAACACCAUCGUUACCAGUGCUCUGUAAAUGAUGGUGGCCCUCUCCAUACACACUUCACUCACCCGCUCUAUAUCAAACAGUAGCGAAGUUUUCUGCAAACGGUCUCGAAUUCUUGAAUAUUUUUGGAGGGUUCAGAUUCGAAAAGUAGGCUUUUGCGCGUGUAAAAUAGGCUACUCAAUUAGCUCUUUUAAGACUAACUUAUCAGGAUACACUACAAGUGGUAUCUUCAGAAUUGUUCAACCAUGUACCAAGAAAUUUGUAAUGUCAUACUCAAAGAAGCAACCUCUAGCCCCAUCUCCAUUACCUUCCGAGGAUGAAUCUCUAAUAGAGGAUAGAAAGAUUGAAGAGGUUCUAAGAGAACCUUUUGAACAAGAGGAGGGAAUUCUUCCAGCACAGGAUGAUGAGUACGAUGGUGUAAUUGUUGAUCCAAACAAUCUACCUUAUGAUGUUAAUGAUUUCAUUUCUUCACUAAAGGUGUCAUUGUCUAAAUGGAGGAAACAGGGGAAAAAGGGAGUAUGGAUAAAAGUUCCAAUCACACAUGCCAAACUUGUUCCUGCUGCAAUUGAGGAGGGCUUUUGGUAUCAUCAUGCAGAGCCAACAUAUAUGAUGCUUACUUAUUGGAUCCCUCAAACCCCUUGUACACUCCCACCUAAUGCUUCUCAUCAAGUGGGAGUUGGAGGUUUUGUGCUGAAUGAUCAAAACCAGGUGCUAGUGGUACAAGAAAAGUAUGGACCUUUUAGAGGGACAGGUGUAUGGAAGAUUCCAACAGGAGUGAUUCAUCAGGGUGAAGAUAUUUUCACAGGAGCAAUCAGAGAAAUCAAGGAAGAAACAGGGGUUGAUACACAGUUCAUAGAGCUGGUAGGAUUUAGACAUAGCCACCAUGCGACAUUUGAGAAGUCAGAUUUAUUCUUUCUUUGUAUACUGCGGCCAAUUUCUUUUGAAAUUGUUGUUCAAGAGUUAGAAAUUGACAAAGCUCAGUGGAUGCCAUUGGAGGAUUUUGUGUCUCAAUCUUACUAUGAAAAUUCUAGUCUAAAGAAAAUGCUUGAAAUAUGCAUUGCAAGCUCAAAAAAAAUAUACUCGGGAUUUUCUGCCGUUCAAACAAAGUCAACGACUUCCAAUCUUCCAACUGUAUCCUAUUACAAUAUUGCAGACAACAGUUGAUGCAAUUCAUUGCAUGGUUCGAGCUUCCAAUAAUGUAAUUUUAAAAAAAAUUGGAUGUAAAGUAGCCUAUCUAUUUUUCCAAAAAUCUAUAUAAAAUAUGUGGAGAGAUAUUAUUUUCAAGAAAAGUUAAUCCUCACUAUAUAAUUGAACAUAAAUUUUUAAAUAGUUAAGAAAAAUAGUUUUAAAAUCACCACUUCUAAAUUAGAUGAAAAAUGUUUGGUUGAUUAAGUGGACAACCAAUGUUGAGUUAUUAAAAAAAAUUGUAAUGGUCGAGGGAUGGAUUUUACAUAUAGAUCCUCGUAUACCUGUUGCUAAGUAUUUCUAAUGUUUCAAGAACUCUUAGGGUUCUAUUUAGACUCGUAUACUAUAAUUUAUUGGUGCAGUUUUAUUUUAAAAGUACAUAAUAUUUCAUGUGAUCAAAUUGGUCUCAUCUUUGACAUUUUUAUGCACUAAUAUCAAGUCCACUUCACUAUUUUUGGCAAGUGGCACAUGUAACCACACUAAAUAUAAAGAGCCAAGAUCAUAUAUUGCUAGGA